AUGGUCCUGCUGCCCAGCACCGUGGUUCUGGCAGGCCUGCUCCUCGGGGUUGGCCAGACAGCGGGGGCAUUGAGGAUACCUAACUGCACUGUGGCCCUGGCCCAACCUCAGGGCACUGCUGUGGGGCCCCUGAGUGGCCUGGGGCCCCGCUAUCGCCGGAAGCGCCACAUCUCUGCCAGGGACAUGAGCGCCUUACUGGAUUACCACAACCACAUCCGAGCCAGCGUGUACCCACCUGCCGCCAACAUGGAGUACAUGGUCUGGGACGAGCAGUUGGCCAGGUCUGCUGAGGCCUGGGCCACGCAAUGCAUCUGGGGCCACGGGCCCUCCCCGCUGAUGAGAUACGUGGGCCAGAACCUCUCCAUCCAUUCUGGCCGGUACCGCUCCGUGGUGGAUCUCGCCAAGUCUUGGUCGGAGGAGAGGCGGCAUUACUCAUUCCCAGCCCCGAAGGACUGUACCCCACACUGCCCCUGGCGCUGCAGCGGCCCUGUGUGUGCCCACUACACCCAGAUGGUGUGGGCGUCUUCCAGUCGGCUGGGCUGCGCUGUCCACACCUGCAGCAGCAUUGAUGUGUGGGGCAGCACGUGGCGCCAGGCGGUGUACUUGGUGUGCCACUAUGCCAUCCGGGGCAACUGGAUUGGAGAGGCGCCCUACAAGAUGGGGAAGCCAUGUUCUGCCUGUCCCCCCAGUUACCAAGGUAACUGCAACCGCAACAUGUGCUUCUCUGGACUCAAAUCCAAUAGGCUUCUAGGUUUGUGAUCCCACAAAUCUUGGGAUCUCUGGUGCUGGAUCCCUCCCUCAAACUAGGAUCCAUGAAGAAAUUAAAAAUAAAAUCAAACAAAAU